GUCUACAAAAUCCUUGUUUCGCCGCCGGCGUGGCCGCUGGAGGUGUCGCCGCUGGAUCGCGAGAGUGGAUUUGUACAUCUGUGUACCGCCGAACAGACCGUGGGCGUGCUUUGUAGGUUUAUGGGUGGCGUGGAGAAGGUGUGGGUUUUGAAGGUGGGGUAUAGAGGGAUUGCGGAGGACACGAGGUGGGAGGGCGCCGAGGAUGCGCCCGGCGAGGAGUUUCCGCAUCUAUAUGGGGCGUUGGAGGAGGGGACGGUGGAGGGGACGGCGGAGCUGGAGAGGGGUGAUGGGUGGGAGAGCGUCGACUUGGAGCACGUGGAGUGGAGGUGA